GGGAGUUCUGAGGACCAUCCUCUCGGAAACUUCUCUGUCGCUGGCACCUACAGCGUCGACCGAAUAGAAACCCGUGUUGUGCCCAGUGAUUCAGGAAUAUACGGAAACCAUGGCUUCGUCAACCGUCGCUUUGUGUGGGCUCCUGAUGUGUCUGUUGGCCAUCAUUGCCUGCAGCGAAGCACAGAUACCCGUGCUUGGUGGCUGGCAGAAGCAUAACGUGGGCGACGACGCGAUCUACGAGGAGUUGGCGCACUUUGCAGUCUCCAAGCAGGUUGGAAACCGGCAGUUUUUCGACACCGUGCUCGAGCUUGUCGACGUCGAGAGCCAGACAGUGGCUGGUACGAACUACCGAAUCAAGUUCAAGAUAACUGAAUCGACUUGCCCAGUUACGGCUGUUUACAGCAAGACGACAUGCCUACCCAAGUCUCGAGAGACUGUCAAGGACGUCUGCACUGCCAGCAUCACUGAUGUUCCUUGGACGAAAGAGCGCUCUCUCACAUCAUUUACCUGCGAAGGAUCCACUGUUACCUCAUAAAAAUUCGAACACUUUGUCAGUUCAUCAUGCAUGGCUACUAUACUUACUUUUAUGGAAAACUGGAUUUCAACUUUUCAUAUGAGCUCAAAAUAAACGAUUUAGAAAAUGCU